AUGGCAGCUCCAUUAACACCCCUCCGCCUUUCCUUAUCUACCUUGCGCAUCCUCCGCCAGACCACAACAGCUCGACAUUUCACACAAGUAGCAACAGCAACAGCCCACGCAAGCUCAUCGCCCCGAACGCCCACCUCCGCACGACCAUCUCUCCCAUCCCACCCACCCACCACCACCACCACCACCAGCAACAGCCCUACCCCCCACCUCCGCCACCUGCACACGACUCCGGGCCGCGCCCGCCAGCGCCGCACCCCGCUAGCGCACAACCGCGAACCCGUGCCGGCGCAGGCGCCGCCGACCGACCUCGGCCAGCUGGACGUGCUGGGCGCGGCGCCGGUGCCCACCACGGCCGGUCGACGUCUCCCACGCCGACGGCUUCUCCCUCAACUCGGGCGUGCACAUCCGUGGAGGGGCCGGCGUCCUGCUUGUGGGGGGGGAGGCGUUCGUUUGGCGGCCGUGGUUGAUCUGCUGAUUUUGGGACUCGGGCCUGAGAUACGCCCGUUGAGCCCUGCUACGAGACGGGCCAUCAGCAACCUCGGGAUGAGGGUCGAGGUGUUGGAUACGAGGAACGCGGCUUCGCAAUACAACAUGCUGGCGACGGAACGGGGGGUGGAGGAUGUCGCUGCGGCGUUAAUACCAAUCGGCUGGAAGGAGGGUGCGCAAUGA